AUGUUCGAUUUUUUACACAGUCGGUAUCAUUUACUGCAGUCCCCUUGUUCGCAAUUGCUGUAAUCUGGUUUGUGGGAUUUGGUCUAUUCUUGCUUCUAACUUGUUGCUGCUACUGUUGCUUUCGAAGACGCCCUUAUGGCUAUUCUCGGAUUGCCUAUACACUUUCUCUUAUUUUUCUCUCCCUCUUCACCAUUUCCACAAUUGUUGGAUGUGUGGUUUUGUACACUGGACAAGGGAAAUUCAAUGAUAGCACCACAGAUACAUUGGAUUAUGUCGUGAGUCAAUCCAAUGAUACGGUUUACAAACUCAACAAUGUUUCCUCCAUUCUUUCUGUAGCAAAAGGGAUUGAAGUAAAUCAAGCUUCUUUGCCUUCAGAUAUUAAAAACCACAUCGACAAGGUCCAUGAAAUGAUCAAGGGUGCUGCACAAAACCUUAAAUUCGAAACUAGAAAGAAUGAGAAUGAUAUAAAACGUGUUCUGAAGGACGUAAGGCUUGCUCUUAUAAUCAUUGCUGCGGUUAUGUUACUUGUAGCUCUUCUUGGUUUUUUGUUCUCCAUACUUGGACUACAGGUUCUUGUUUACAUCUUGGUGAUUCUUGGGUGGAUUCUUGUUACAGCUACAUUGAUCUUAUGUGGCAUAUUUCUCGCACUCCAUAAUGUUAUGGGAGACACAUGCGUUGCUAUGGACGAGUGGGUUCAAAACCCAAUGGCUCAUACAGCUUUAGACGAUAUUCUUCCAUGUGUCGACAAUACAACAGCUCAAGAAACCUUGUCUCAAAGCAAAGACGUGACCUUUCAAUUGGUAGCCAUAGUGAAUAACAUCAUCACUAAUGUCUCCAACAUCGAUCCACCACCUUUUGCCCAUUUCCUUAGCUACAAUCAAUCUGGGCCGUUGGUUCCCACCCUUUGUAAUCCACUAAACGCUAACAAAACAGAUCGAAUCUGUCAAACUGGUGAACUAAGCUUCGAUAACGCCAUCAUGGUGUGGAGGAAUUAUGUUUGUCAAGUUUCUGCAAAUGACACAUGCACGACUGUGGGUCGGUUGACUCCGAAGAUGUAUAAACAGAUGUCCGAUGCAGUCAGUGUGAGUGAUGGGUUGACCGAGUCUAGGCAGUUUUUGGCUGGGUUAUUGGACUGUAGCUUUGUUAGAGAGACUUUUAUGGGAAUACACAAGGAUCAUUGUCCAGAUCUUAAUAAGUAUAGUGAGUGGAUUUACAUUGGGUUGGCUAUGGUGUCUGCUGCUGUGAUGCUUUCUUUGGUGUUGUGGGUGUUGUAUGCACGCGAGAGGAAGCAUCGGAGAUACACCAAACUUAUGGUCCAAUCUGCACCAAGUCCGGCUGCAAUCAAUAGACAAUGGAAGUAAAAUGAGUGUUGAAUUUUAAGGAGUCAAACACGAACAUGAAAAGCGAAUAGAAAACAACCUUGGCAAAUCGGUUUUUGUUUAAGGAAAAUAUCAUUAAAUAGUAACUUAAGCUAUUAGAUACCUCAAACUUUAAGGAGGUUUAACCAUUCAACGUUCACUUUUGUUCAGUUGUUGUGAAAUAUGGUAUUUAUUUUGUUCCAAUGUGAUAAAAUUAUACAUCUUCAUAUAGAAGUAUACAUCUUUAUUGAGGUAGUUUUGGGUGGACAUAAGGAAAAUAGCAAAAGAUGUCCAUGCUGUAUGUGCAUUU